AUGUCGAAGUCAAUGAGAGGUCUGUGUAAAGAGGAGGACUACGCGUUUCUGGGAAUGUCAGAAGAGACGGCAAAAGAAAUGGAAACAGAAGGAGCUGGAGCUUUGGAGGAGGAGGAGGAGUGGAGACCAUGUAUAUGUUGUGUAUUUCAGGCCCGCUGGCGACUGGAAAAGGAGCAGCAGGAAAAAGAGAGACUCCGCAAAAUAGAAGAGUCCAAGAAGGAAAAAGAGCAGCAGUGGCAGGCUCAUUUAGCAAAACUGACCUCCAGCCAGGAGAAAACUCUGCAAGACAGGCUGGCAAGACUCAGGAGAUUCAGGGAGUUCGAGAGGAAGGUGCUCAUAGAGGAUGGAGGGAUGGAGGGCGGAGAAGACAGCCUCACUGUCAACUAAUUGCUCACCAGGAUGUAGAUUUAUCAUAUGAAAGACUU